GUGUCGUUUUCACAUGCAGCUGACCAGGCAGAGUUACACGACAACGACGUCCGGUGGCUUUUCCAGACAUACAACGGAGUGAUCGACCCAGACAGGAACGUCAAGGAUGAGAGCUUCGUGAGCUGGAUGCGGCCAUCGGCCCUUCCUCGUGCUCCCCGGCAUUUGAACGGUCGAAGUGGAGCAACGAAGGGUGAGUGUUGGAUCCUGAGCCCA